AUGGAGCAAGUUGAGCUGGCAACUCCACAGGAAUUAUUUAAAAAGUAUGUUCAGUCAUACAUAACUAAGCAGUGCGAUUUCAUAGUACUUCGCAACAAAUUUUCUAAGGCGUCAGCUCUUGACGGAUUGACUCCAAAUCAAAUUCAUUUUGAUGACAAACAGAAAGCUAUUGUAAUUGCUCCAGAUAAUAAAAACGAAGCACAGGUACUCAAAGUAGCGACUUUCGAAUCACUUAAGAUGGACAGCGCAAAAGAUGAAGGCGGGCAGAUCAAAUAUAUUAAUAUAACGAUUAAGGGAGAUAAGCCUCUUAUCUUACAAGGUCAGAAAGAUUCAAUGGAGCUUUGGUACGAUGGAAUUAGGUCUCAUAAAAAUCUCGAACCGGAAACAGAGACAUCAAAGCAAAAAAUAGAGAUUUUCGCAAAGGCAAAAAAGUAUGCAGAGAAGCCAUUCCCUGAUUCAAUGCCAAAUAUCCCAGCUCCACCGGCAAAUUUGAAUUUCUCAACCAAACUCGAUAUCGAAUAA